CCAUAAAACACAUAGAGAAACGUUUAGUUUCUUUUUUUUCUCUCUCUCUCUCUCCUCGGCGCCAACUCCUCCUUCGAUCAGCUACCCAGAAUCUCUCUCUCUCUCUCUGUUUCUUCAGAGGGUGCUGCAAUGGCAAAGAAGAGAGAAGAGAGAGAGAUGAAUACCUACCUGGAUGGGAUAAUAGAGGCCAUGCCUGUGUUUGCCAAAGAGCUGAUUGCUGGUGGUGUUGCGGGUGGUGUUGCAAAGACUGUUGUUGCACCACUUGAACGUAUCAAGAUUUUGUUUCAGACCAGAAGAGCAGAGUAUCAAAGCAUAGGGCUGUUUGGAUCCAUUAAGAAAAUUGCAAAGACAGAAGGGCCUUUGGGUUUCUACAGAGGAAACGGAGCUAGUGUUGCAAGAAUUGUUCCCUAUGCAGCUUUGCAUUAUAUGACCUAUGAACAAUACCGCAGAUGGAUUAUUCUCACCUUUCCUGACGUGGGGCGUGGACCUGGUCUAGAUCUUGUGGCAGGGUCUUUUGCUGGAGGAACAGCUGUGCUUUUUACUUAUCCUCUUGAUUUAGUUCGGACUAAGUUGGCUUAUCAGGUUGUUGGUUCACCGAAGUUAAAUGUUCAAGGGGUAGUAAAUACUGGACAAAUUUAUAAAGGAAUUCUUGAUUGUUUCUCGAAGACUUACAGAGAGGCUGGACUUAGAGGCCUCUAUCGCGGUGUUGCUCCAUCACUUUAUGGAAUCUUCCCAUAUGCCGGUUUGAAGUUUUACUUCUAUGAGGAGAUGAAGCGACAUGUCCCUCAGGAGCACAAGAAGAGUAUUAUGGUCAAACUUGUAUGUGGUUCUGUUGCUGGUCUAUUAGGUCAGACUUUUACAUAUCCCCUCGAUGUGGUGAGGAGGCAAAUGCAGGUUCAACGAAUUGUGUCAUCAAACAGUCCAGAGAUGAAAGGGACAAUGGAAGUCCUUGUCAUGAUCGCUCAAAAGCAAGGAUGGAAGCAAUUAUUUUCAGGACUUAGCAUCAAUUACUUGAAGGUCGUACCAUCUGUAGCAAUCGGGUUUACAGUUUACGAUGUUAUGAAGUCCUACCUUCGAGUUCCUUCAAGGGAUGAAGCUGUGACAAAAUUGGUAACCAACAAAAGAAAUACCCAUCCAUCCUCCCUUCACUCCUAGUUACUUUUUCUUCCAAUUUUUCACUUCAAGUAACAGCCCUGCACAAUUGAUUGGGAGCUUUUCCUUCCCUUUUGAAUUGUCAAUUAGGUUGACUUUUUGUACCAUUCAUGCCAUUUUCAGCUGUACAUUUCAUUCUUUGGAGCUGAAUAAUAGCCCCUCGGUAGGUUAAACCCCUCCCUUACACAUCCUACAAGCUCUAGUUUCAUGAUUAAGUUAGCAGAAAUCAUCAAUUAGGCUACCUUGUAUAUUUAGGAGAGACGAUUCUCUUGCAAUGUACAUAUGGAGAAUUUUGACCCCUGUAAUCGUUCUAUAAUUGAAUAAUAAGACUUGAGUAAUCUUACUAGCU